AUGACGUCCAAAAAUAAAUGUUUAACACUAAAUGAAAAAAUUAAACUAAUUGAGUCAAGUGAAAAGGAUAAAUUAACAGUAAAACAAAUUUGUGAACUUUUCAAAUGUGGAAAAAGUCAAGUGUAUAAUAUAUUAAAGCAAAAAAAUGAAAUAAAAGAACAAUGGAUGAAUGGAAAUGGGCGAAUGAAAAGAAAACCAAAAUCCAACGCUAAUGAAGAAAUUAAUAAUUUGACUUGGGAGUGGUUUGUAAGUGCUAGAGCAAAAAAUAUACCAAUUUCUGGACCAAUUAUACAGACUAAAGCACGCCAAAUUGCUGAACAAAUGUCAGUCACCGAAUUUAAAGCAUCGAAUGGCUGGUUGGAAAGUUUUAAAAAUCGACAUAAUAUUGUUUGGCAUCAAAUUUGCGUGAAAAGUGAAGAGUGUAAAGGUGGUAAGCUUUCCAAAGAACGUUUAACGGUAUUUUUAUGUGCUAACAUGGAAGGAGAAUUUGAAAAACCUCUAGUUAUAGGCAAAGCACAAAAACCCAGAUGCUUCAAAAAUGUAGAUCCGACAAAAUUUCCCAUAAUUUGGCGAGCUAAUAAUAAAGCAUGGAUGACUGGAAGCAUAAUGGAAGAUUGGUUGCAUACAUUCAACAAUAAAUUAAAAAAACAAAAUCGAAGAGUUAUUUUAUUUCUUGAUAAUGCAACAUGUCAUCCGCAUUUAAAUUUAUCAAAUGUUCAUUUAGCGUGGCUUCCAGCUAACACGACAUCACUUACCCAACCAAUGGACCAAGGAAUUAUUUAUUCGAUUAAAGUAAAUUAUCGUAAAAUGGUUUUACAAUCGUUAUUAGCAAGUAUGGAUAGCAUAAAAAGUGUUAAUGAAUUGUCAAAUAAAAUUAAUGUACUAGAUGCAAUUUAUUGGUUGAAUAAAUCUGUAAACUUAAUAAAACCAGAUACAGUCAAAAAAUGUUUCAUAAAAGCCGGGUUUAAUUUAGUUUUGGACCAGCCAACAGAUGCCAUUAACGAUAACGAUAACGAUUUUAAAUUGCUAUGUUCUACAAUAAAUGAAAAAGUAGAUAGUGAUGAAUAUGUUAACAUCGAUAAGCAUUUAUGUACUAAUGAUACUGAUAUUAUUGCUGAUACUACAGUGAAACCUUGCACUUCAAUAGACGUUGAACAAUCCAGUUCCGAAGACGAAACAGAUAAUGUACCAUUGCACGGCAAUGAUAUUAAAACGUAUAAGAACGCCCUCCAUGAAAUAAAACGAUUAGAAAUGUUCGCAUUGGAUCAAAAUAAUGAAAAUGAACUUCUUGAAUCAAUUCUCAACUUGAAAAAUUUAGUAGAAAAGAAAAUGGCAAGUCAAAUAACAAAACAAAAAACAUUGGAUGAAUUUUGGAGUAAAAUAUAA